CCCCGCGAAGGGUGGCCGGCGCGGUAGCGGCUGAAGCAGAGCGCGCUCGCCAGAAGGAAGCGACGGCAGCGCCUCGCCCGUCCUGCGCCUCCUCCAGCGGCAGCCAUGUCGGCGGCGCAGGUGUCGUCCUCGCGGCGGCAGUCGUGCUACCUGUGCGACUUGCCGCGCAUGCCGUGGGCCAUGAUCUGGGACUUCAGCGAGCCCGUGUGCCGGGGCUGCGUCAACUACGAGGGCGCCGACCGCAUCGAGUUCGUCAUCGAGACCGCCCGGCAGCUCAAGCGGGCGCACGGCUGCUUCCAGGACGGCCGCUCGCCGGGGCCGCCGCCGCCCGUGGGCGUGAAAGCCGUGGGGCUGUCGGCCAAGGAGGCGGCGGCGGCCGCGGCGGCGGCGGCGGCCGCGGCGGCCGUGCAGCAGCAGCAGCAGCAGCAGCAGCUCAACCAUGUGGACGCGGCGUCCUCGAAAGCGCCGUCGGGCCUGGAGCGCUACGGGCUGAGUGAGCAGCGCAGCCGCUUCGAGUAUCCCCCGCCUCCGGGCAGCCUGAGCGGAAGCCACGCGGGCCGCCUGCCCAAUGGCCUGGGUGGCCCCAACGGCUUUCCCAAAGCCCCCGACGACGGGCCGCCCGAGCUGAACCGCCAGAGCCCCAACUCCUCCUCCUCGUCGUCGUCGUCGUCCUCCUCCCGCCGAGGGGCGCACGGCGGGCUGGUGAGCGGCCUCCCCGCCGGCGGCGGCGGCGGGGCCCAGCUCAACGUGCCGCCCAACCUGCUGCCGCAGACGCUGCUCAACGGGCCCGCCGCCGCCGGGGUGGCCCUGCCUCCCCCGCGGGUGCCGCCGGCGUCGUCGUCGGCGUCGUCCUCGUCGUCGUCGUCCUCCUCGUCGACGUCGUCGUCGGGCGACCCGUGCGGGAAGCGGCCCGGCUCGGUGUCGAGCAGCGGCGACCAGGAGCGCGAGCUGAAGGAGAAGCAGCGCAACGCCGAGGCGCUGGCCGAGCUGAGCGAGAGCCUGCGCAACCGCGCCGACGAGUGGGCCAGCAAGCCCAAGCUGGUGCGGGAGACGCUGCUCACGCUGGCCGGCUGCACGCCCUACGAGGUGCGCUUCAAGAAGGACCACGCGCUGCUGGGCCGCGUCUUCGCCUUCGACGCCGUCUCCAAGCCCGGCCUGGACUACGAGCUGAAGCUCUUCAUCGAGUACCCCAGCGGCUCCGGCACCGUCUUCUCGAGCGCGUCCGGCGUGGCCAAGCAGAUGUACCAGGACUGCAUGAAGGACUUCGGCCGCGGCCUGUCGUCGGGCUUCAAGUACCUCGAGUACGAGAAGAAGCACGGCUCGGGCGACUGGCGCCUGCUGGGCGACCUGCUGCCCGAGUCGGUGCGCUUCUUCAAGGAGAUGGUGGGCGCGGACAUGCUGCCGCAGCCCUACCUCGACGCCUCGUGCCCGAUGGUACAUCUAAUCCGGCCCGCGGCUGGAAGCCGCGGGCCCGGCGGCGGCGGCGGCGGAGGGGGCGGCGGCGGCGGCGGCGGCGGGCUGCGCAAGAGGAAGGCCUCCCCGGAGCCGUCGGACUCUGCCUCGGAGGGCAGCCUCAAGCUGAGCGACGAGCAGCAGCGGCAGCAGUGGAUGGCGAGCCAGAGCGAGGCGCUCAAGCUCACGAUGUCGGCGGGGGGCUUCGGCGGGGUGCCGCCGCCGCCGCCGCCGCUGGGGCCGCACUCCAACCGGACCACCCCGCCCGAGUCGGCCCCGCAGAACGGCCAGUCGCCCAUGGCGGCGCUCAUGUCGGUGGCCGACACGCUGGGCAACGCGCACUCGCCCAAGGACGGCAGCUCGGUGCACUCGACCACGUCCACGCGGAGGAACAGCAGCAGCCCCGUGUCCCCCGCCUCGGUGCCCGGCCAGCGCCGCCUGGCCUCCCGCAACGGGGACAUGAACCUGCAGGUGGCCCCCCCGCCCCCCAGCGCCCACCCGGGCAUGGACCAAGUGCACCCCCAAAACAUUCCAGACUCGCCCAUGGCCAAUAGCGGACCGCUUUGCUGCACCAUUUGCCACGAACGCUUGGAGGACACCCACUUCGUGCAGUGCCCCUCGGUGCCCAGCCACAAGUUCUGCUUCCCCUGCUCCCGGGAGAGCAUCAAGGCCCAGGGGGCCACGGGCGAAGUGUACUGCCCCAGUGGCGAGAAAUGCCCCCUUGUAGGUUCCAACGUGCCUUGGGCAUUUAUGCAGGGCGAGAUCGCGACCAUUUUAGCCGGAGACGUGAAAGUGAAAAAGGAGCGAGACCCUUGAAACAGCAAAUCGAACACCCUUCAGCUGCCUGAAGAUGUAGAAUUGUGAAUAUUGGAAACAAAACACACGGGACAGUACUGCAAAAAGUUUAGUCUUAUGUAUAGACCUUAUUUUCGUCGUAUGUUUCUAUAUUUUGAAACAAAGGUAUGUACCCUUCUUCAUUUGAAGGAUAGAGCUGUUCUUUUUGUUCUUUUUUUUGUUUUGUUUUGUUAAAACAGAAUAUAUUAUUGGUUGGUUACCACAUAAUACCUGUUUCUCAUUUCUUUGGCAGUGUGUUGGCUAGGUACACAGUUAAAUAGCCCUUAGCGAUUACCUGCUGCUGGUGUGUAUUUUUGUAAAUGUAUGCACUUCUCUAAAAGAAAAAAAAUCCUUAAAAAAACCAAUAAACAAACCCCUUUUCUUUUUGCCAAGGCCAGUGUUGAUGCCUAUAUAAAAGAUAAUAAUUAAAAAUGCUACAAAAAUGGUGACAGCUUAUGUUUUACAAGCCCACAGUGUUAGUCCUUCACUUUUUCUUUUUCUUGUUUUUUUUUUCUUUUCAUUCCUUUGCAAAAUGGUGGGAGUGAUAUGGGGUGCUUUUUUGUUGCAACUUUGUAAAAAAUGUUUCAGUUUGUUUCUAUUGACCUGAACAUUUUUAACCUUCAUGUGUUUCAUUUUUGUUGUUGUUGUUUUUGCUUUAUUGAUGCACGGAAGCUUUUGAACACUAGAGCAAAAUUGCUGUACAUGAAAAACAUGCUCUGUUUGUCCUUUAUACAUUUCUGUAGUUAACAGAACACUGUAAUGUGCCUUGGAGCUUAGUAAAUUGUAAUAAAUUCAAUUGAUAUUAAUAGUUCCUGAGUAAGUUUUUCUUUGCCCAGUGCUUGGACAACAGAGAGGACAAAAUCUGUGCCCCCCCCCCUUGAAUGCCUCACUAUUCUGUCAGAGAUUUGCAUUUCCUUCUCACCAUGCCAUUUGUACACAAACAAACAGAAUAUGUGUAAUGAUGCUGUCUAACUCAUCUAGACUUUGUGCUUGCUUACAUGUCACCUUUCACUAUUGCAGAAACAGUUGCUGACUAAGCAUUUUUCUAUUCACUGUUCCUGCCGUUUCUUCCCCCUCCUGCUACUGUGCUGCAAAGCUUUUCUGUUACACAAGAAACAUCUUUUUGUGAGAAUUAAGUCCUGGCAGUACAAUCCAGUGCAUGUUUGCUCAAAAUAAGUCCCAAGUAAAUGUGUGGAGGAUUUUAUCUGUGCAGCUUGUUGCAGGACUUUUGAGUAGACAUCCAUAGGAUUGUAUGGAAAGUCGGUUUCAAGUUUUUUUCGUACACUGCCCCCAAAAUGCAUUUAAGUAUUUGCUAAUGAAAUUAAAACCAUCACCUUGUGCGAGGUAUUCUGGAAGCAAGGCAGAAUGUAGUCAAGACUUCUAUCCAAGUAAAUUUACACAGGAUUAAGCUACUCAAGGGGGUGGUGUGGCGAAAAGGCACCCACUGAAUCUUGGCACUGGUAGUAGGCACUGAACUUAUUGCAGGAAUGAUCUGACAUGUCAAAUUAAUGCAGCAUGUAUUUUAGCUAUAUAUAAACUGACUCCUUGAAAUUAAGUUUUGUUUGGAUAUAAAAUAUCUAUAAGCAAUGUAGAAUGUGAAUUGUUGCUUCUCUCUUCCCCCCACCCCCCUGCAAAAGGAAAGUGGUUAUUAGCUUCACUAAAUUAAACUGCAUUGCUCCUGGCAAUGGGCAAACACAAUUAUUCUUUUUAUUAAGUUUGUAAAAGUGACUUCUGCAUUUUCAUGAGAUUUGGGCAAGGGAGCAGAAUGCCUAUUUGGCUGACCAGUUCUACAGGCAGAGUAAACAUACAGGCCUCUCCAACUGGCUGGAAAAUGCAAACAGACCUAGCCUGAACUUUGCCUUUUCUAGUGAGGCAAAUUAGAGGAAAGGUAGACAAUUUUCACGUUGUUGACGUUGCAGUGUUUUUGCAGCAUGAAUGAAGAGGUGGCCCAGUGCAUUGUGCCAAAGGUUACCAGACACCAGUAGCAUUUAUACUUUUGGCCCAUUGAAAAGCAGAUGUAAAGAAGCAUUUUAAAGCAACCCUCCUGGCCUUUGGGUUUGUAUUUGGUUCCUGCUAGUACUAUAGUUUUUAUUUUUAGUCUCAUCAGUAGUGAAAAAUGAAGCGCUGCAGUUCAGGGCUUUACUGUGUACCUUGAUUUUCAAAGCUGAACUGCUUUGUGGUUAUCUUUUUUUCUGUGCCUAUUUGAGAUUCACCCUUGGAAGCCAUUAUGUUAUUUUUAAGAUGAUUAUCUUUUAUAUGGGAUGAUAUUGAUGCUUAUGAAUCUCAUAACCCACUGAAUUCCUUCCAGUUUGGAAUAAAUGUGCAAAAUAAGACUCUUAAA